ACGUGUUGUGGUUAUUAAUAGUUAUUACAACUGAACAAGAUGGCUGACAGUAGAUCAUUGCAUUUGGUUAGCUAUUCUUCAUCUAGUGACAGCUCAGGCAGUGAAGAGACUCCACCAGUAAUUAAGAAAUAUAAAGAAAAUACUUCCAAACCUCUUGAGUUACCUGGUGCCAUUGCUAACAUGUUCAGUGAAGGUGAUCAUAUUGAUGUAGCUGAAGAUCAUGAUGGAAGGAAAAGAUCAUUUGCUCACGUUAGAGGAAAUUGGCCUACAUACGUAUACAUACCAAGUUAGA